ACUUCCUGCAGCUUCCUUCCAGACGCUCCCGUUCUUCCUCUCUUCUGCUUCCGUUGGAUAUCGAGCAGCUCCUCGCUUCGGUUCCUGCAGCGUAGGGAUGGUGGCCCCGCGCCUCCUCGCCCGCGUCUCCAGGAAGUGCGUCAUCGCGGUGCGGCGCGCGGGAGCGGCGCGCUUCGGGGUGGCAGCGGCGGCGGCGGAGCCGUUCGCCGGUUCCUUCUCUUCGAUCAGGGUCCCCCAUAUGUUGAAUCAAAAUUUGAGGUACUCAACCUCCAUUUUUCAAAGGUUUGGGUUUUCUUCUGUUUUGCCCCAACAAAGUGAUAAGGCGGAUGGUGAACCUUCUAAUGAAAGCAGUAGUUCUUCUGGAAGUGAGAAGGCACCAGAAGAAGGUAAGGAAGACCUUGAUCUGUCGAAAGAGGACCUUGUGAAGCUGGUUCAUGAGAAGGACGGAUUGCUGAAGUCCAAAGAUGAUGAAAUCAAAGUAAUGAAGGAGAAGGUCUUGCGCAGCUAUGCAGAAAUGGAAAAUGUCAUUGCUCAGACAAAGCGUGAAUCUGAGAACUCCAAAAAAUAUGCAGUACAGAACUUCUCUAAGAGCUUGUUAGAUGUUGCUGACAAUUUGGCUAGAGCAUCAUCUGUUGUCAAGGAAAACUUCUCAAAAAUACGUACAUCAAAAGAUUCUGCUGGAGCUGUGCCACUACUGAAAACUCUACUGGAAGGUGUAGACAUGACCGAUAAGCAACUAGCAGAGGUUUUCAAGAAGUUUGGAGUUGAAAAGUUUGAUCCAUUAAAUGAGAAAUUUGAUCCUAAUAGGCAUUGUGCAAUUUUUCAAAUUCCUGAUGGUUCAAAACCAGCGGGAACUGUUGCUUCUGUUGUGAAGGUGGGCUACAUGUUGCACGAUCGCGUCCUCCGCCCUGCAGAAGUCGGUGUUACAGAGGGAGGUGCCACUGAAGAGGCUGAUCAACCUGAGCAGAGAACAGCCGGGGAUUAAGUUAGCUGCAGUUUAGUCAAGGAGCACGAGUAGGGUUCAGUUUCCCUUUUUUUAAAGGUCCUUUUUGUUUAGAGUUUCAGUUGCAUCAACAAAAGGAGCUUUUGACCGUAGUUGACAGUAAAUACAUUAUGACAAGCAGGCUGGUGGUGCAUCCUUCUCUUGCUUGGAAUGAAAUUUUCUUUUUUUUUAAGGUUGGUAAGAAACCAUGGUUGUCAUUUUUGGCAAUAGGCCUCGUACUAAGGUGAUUUGUUGCAUAGGAACUUUGUUUUGCUCUAAUGUAGGCCUUGUACUAAGGUGAUUUGUUGCAUAGGAACUUUGUUUUGCUCUAA